CCACCACCACGACCAACCGCCAACCUGGCAACCUACAUACCUACUCACAUAGUAGUACAAUACCUCAGUCUCUACCUACCUAUACUACCUGUUCGAUCUACAUAAUUGCUCUACUUGCUACCGACCUACCUGUCUACCUAGUGUCUAUAAUUCUUGAAGCACUUUCUUAAGAACCGAUUAUCCUAUUCGUACCUAUCGUUAUAGCCAAACAUCCUGGAGUAAAACAAGCAGCUAAAUAGGAUAACAUACGUACACUUAUACGAAAAGCUAAGAGAAUAGCUACCAUAGUGCUGGUGGGACUGGGGAGUUUCAACAUACUCGUCCUAUUGAGAGCGGCCGACAAUACGAGGAACUGAACAUGGACAAAAUGGAGAGACAGGAAUCGAUAUGGACUCGCCGUAAUAAUCUCAACAACCUUUCACUGUCUACACCCAGCCAGCCCGAUAAUGCGACUACUCCGCGAGAUUUCUCCAGUCUAGCACGCAGAAAUGGUGCCAGUUCGUCCCACGGCCGCUCUAACCCCCUCAGCGCAACCACCCCUGGUGGUGGCUUGACUUCUCCCACCAGCACUGGAGGGGCUAACCAGUUUGGCCUGGGUUCCGGCGCGUUCGCAUCCUUUGGCUCCGCUAAGACACCCAAGACUCAGGGCAAUCCUUUUGAACAAGCGAUGGGUGCAGUUGGUGCUAAGACCCCCUCCACCGAGAAGACGUCAAAGGAAGCUAUGCGAUCAACCGCUGUGAGCAAACCUUCGAUGAGUUCCAUCGCCGAAGCGAACGUCCAACAAGGCCCCAUGCCGUCCUCACACCCUCUCCGCGACACUUGGAUCUUUUGGUACCGACCACCCAUCACCAAGGCCAACGGGUAUAUCGAGUAUGACAAGACUCUCCACGCUAUGAUGUCGGUGCAUACCGCCGAGGAGUUCUGGCUAGCAUAUUCACACUUGAAGCGACCCUCAUCCCUUCCUACCGUGUCCGAUUAUCAUCUCUUCAAGAAGGGAAUUCGUCCGAUAUGGGAGGAUGACGAGAAUAAACUUGGUGGCAAGUGGGUCUUGCGACUGAAGAAAGGCAUUGCCGAUCGUUACUACGAAGAUCUCCUGAUGGCUUGUAUAGGAGAUCAAUUUGGAGACGAGGCCGAUGAAGUAUGUGGCGUUGUGCUUAGCAUGCGCAACGGAGAGGACGUGCUCAGCAUCUGGACUCGUAGCACGGGACAGAAGGUCCUCAAGAUUCGUGAGACGAUGCGACGCGUGCUUAACUGCCCGCCCGAGACGCGCAUCGACUUCAAGAGUCACGACACUAGCAUGCAGCAGCGCUCUGCCAUCGACGAGAUGCGCCGCGAGAAGGCGGCUCAAAAUCACCAUGGCGAGAAACGAACGCACAACAACAACAAGGUCCGACCGUCGCAAGAUGAACAACGAUCGUAGUUAGAUCGUCGUAGCGCCCGACGUUGGUCUCGACAAGCUCCCGAGUGAUAGGCAAGUCUUUCAUCCCAUGUACUGGUGUUUUGCACAGAAUUACC